UCGUGACUUUAACCGACUUUUACUCUUAGAAUAAAAAAUAGCUCGUGUGAUGUAUGUUUACGUGUGGUGCACCAUGUAUACUCAUCAGUUGAUCGAUUUGACGUGGAAUAAUCCGUAUGUAUACCUAUACCAAGAAAACAGCUGCUCUUGUUUACCGACAAAUGCGCGUCAGUCGCAUCGUAGAGUUGCGAGGAAAAUAUUUAUAUGCCAGUACGCCACUAAAAAUUCUGCUCCACUUUACGUCCGUAACGUAACGUCGUCUUCGAGAGUAAACUGUCCACAUAUAAAAUGUAAGGAUGGAGCGCCUUCAGGUGGAGGUGUUUGGGGAAGUGCAAUAGGAGUGCAAAAAAAGGAAAAAAGAGUUGAGCACAGUGAGUUGAAGUUUAAAAAAAGAAACAACAAGAACGAAAGGGCCUAUUCAGCGACCUAGAUUAUCCAUCUUGCUGCAAGGGAGGCCAAAGUCCAAGAGUUUAAAAGCUGGACAGUCGAAGAAACUAGGAUAUCGUGGAUUGGAAAGUAAUCAGGUUGGCUGGGAAAGAGAAUGAAUCACUGGAUUUUGUGUCAAUGAACCUGCAAUGCCUUGUUUUCCUGAGGCACUGAUCUGAGGUUAGUUAUCUUUCAUAAUGAAUGCGCGCACACAGAUGUUCGAGCUGUCGAUGGAGGGACGUCAAGUAGACGAGGCAGUAGCUAGUAUCUUCCACACAGUCAUGUUUCACCGAACUCUCGGAAAAUUUAAGUACAAAAAGGAGGGUAGCUAUUCUGUUGGAGCGAUCGGCUACCAAGACGUCGAUUGUAACUUCAUCGACUUCACGUACGUCUGCUGUUCAUCCAAGCUUCUCGACCAGACCAUCAGGCGUGAGAUUUCUGGUUUCUCAGAAGCCCUGCGCUCCAACACCAGCCCGGGCUCUGGACAGAUAUCUCUCGAGUUUUUCCAGAAAAAAAAGAAUCACUGGCCUUUCUCUCCUGAAUGCAUACCCUGGGAAGUAUGGACAGUCAGACUGGAACUGAUCAAGCUAGCCACUGAACACGAAAGACAAAUGUGCCGUGAAAAAGUCGGGGAUGUGCUGACAGAAAAGAUUCUUUGCAUCACCGACUUCAUGAAUCGCCACCACUAUCUGCCCAAAAUACCUAACGAAGCUGAGUUGGAUCUCAUCUUUGAUACAAGCUAUCCAGAUGUGCAGCCAUAUCUCUUCAAGCUGUCAUUCUCAACUUCUGGGCCGUCAAGUAGCAACAUGAGCAAUACUAUGAAAAAGCUCAUAAAAGAGACUUUGUCUAUUUAGUCACGCGUCACGUUUGCUUCGUUUGAAAUUUUAUCAACCCCUACAAUUUUUCACAGCAUGAUUGAUUGGUUGACAAUUUAAAGUAAGUCCUUAAACAUUAUUUUUACUGUUGAAAUUGUUGGUUGCCCACAUUAAAGAUUACAUCACUACAUCAACAAGAGAAGUAUUGAAUAAUUCAAGUUAUAAUUGAUCACAACUGACUCUUUACCUAAAUGGUCUAAUAUUUGAAGUUUUUUAAUUUUACGAUUAAAAUAAACUAAUAUUUGAGAAGUUGAUAAAGAAGGUCCAUAUUCAACUUCUAACUGAAUCUCGCAACUGUUCAGAAAUAUAUUAGCAAAGAUUUUUUGCUAAUAAAAUGAUAAAAUUCACUUUUAAAGUGCACAUUCACAUCUUGUAAAGAAGUAAAGCACAUCAGAAAACUAUGUCUUUACGUAAAAUAUUUUAAAGAUUUGCACAUUCUAGUAAGAAAGACAAUUUUUUGGCAAGCAAUAACUUUUUCAAUAA